CUCAGAGUCGAGCGGUCGCUAUUCGGGCCGCUUGUGAGUGCGUCGCACAUGGAGUGACGCCGCUAUGCGAAGCAAUCUGCGUUGGCCGACGAAAACCGACAGCUGUGCAAGUAGCAGACGACGCGUCUCCUUUGGGCCUCCCAAUAUGGCGGCGUGCUCUGUCUGGUAACUAUCAUUAGCGGAGGGAGGACUGAGGCGCCGCCCUGGCGGGAGACCCCGCGACCGGGUGAGGUCCAACAUGGAGCUCGCCCGCCGGUCCAAGAAUUUCAGCGUCGCGGAAAGUGACACUCUCAUCACACUGUGGAGCGAUCCAGAGACGCAAAAGAAGUUCGACUCCGCCUACAGGCAUUCUGUCAUCUGGGAAAUGAUUGCCAACAAGCUGCGCAUGCACGGAUACGAACGCUCCUCCAUCGACUGCAAAACUAAGAUUAACAACUUGAAAGCGACGUACUUCAAAUUCCGCCGGAUCUACAGCGCAGGCUAUCCUGUCGACUGGCCGCAUUGGAACAAAUUGCACGCCAUCUUGGGCAAGAGACCCGUCCCUCACUCUUGGAACAACUACUACGAUGACGAAAGGACCUCCGAGAGCAGAAUCGUCAGGGCAGAAAAUGGCAGCAUGCAUUACGACGAGCCCGAAGUGGAGUUCCCGGAGUUCCGAUCAGGGGACUUGCAGUUCCAGAACCUACAACCCAUAGGGAGGCAUCCGGUGACACCGAAAAGGGAGCCCAUAGAAGAUAUCACCUUAGAACCGGAAGUUAAUAUCUGCUACGACGGCGAUAAAAGUUCGAACAAACGAAAAGAUAGUGAAGAAGAGUGCGAAAUUGACCUCAGGAAAAAGAGAAAAGAAGAUGAGCUGGAUAUACUUCGGCGCAUCCUCAAAGUGGAAGAAGAAGCCCUGGAACUGGAGAAGAAGCGAGCACAGGAAGAGGCGGACAUUUUCAAGGCAACCAUGGCAUUCCUGGAGACGGCAACUAGCUUCAUGCAGGGCCAGACGAGUCGGCCGGACAGGCCGCAGAACUCUGCAGGAACGCCAAGGCCACAGACAUCAUCCAGUUCCUAUUGCAACGGUGUCAGCGGAUUGCCUGUGGUGGGAGCGCCGCUGUACACUACUCAACCGUCCUUCUACUCAUCCUCUUCUGUAGAUUCUCCCGGGAAAUCUGAUCCAUGAGCGUUACUGAUGCAAUCGAAGGUGGUACUCGCCUUAUUCCAGAGUUGGGCUUGCUUUUCACGGUCGCUUAACAUGAGAAGAACAGCAGCCUCACCUCUACCGGUGCCCCGAGUUGCUUCGAACACAGCAAGUGUGAGGAGAACGUUCGUCAACGAUCAAGUCAUCCGGAAGCAGAUGGUUCCAAGGUCAACACCAUGAUACGCUCGCUAUCUCAUUCCCAAAGAUCUUCCCCUGAACUCAUGGUAAAAAGCUGCGAGUAUCGAGCUGACGAACUUGAUCAUGCUGCCGGACUAUAGAGUUUGACAGUCUCACCGUGACGACUUUAGCAAGGACAAGUGCACUGUGAACAUAGAAGGUGUCAUCGAUCCCUGCUGCCUUUGGAAGAAAGUCUUUCCUCCACUACAGCAUGACCAAAAUGUGCAUCUCAGCCGCAUGUAGCCCCAUCGUCUUUAUCAUUAGGUUAUUUUUGUUUUUACGUGAUUGACUCCUUCCUCGCGAUGCGAUUAACCAGUCUGGGACCAUCACGGUGCUUACGCAGUACCUUUUUUUGUAUUGAGCAGUAGUUUGUACCUAUUGCGGUACUAACACAUUUAUCAAGCACUCAAUUUUACAUUGCAUGUGCUUUCGUUGCACGUGUUUCGAGGGAUGCAGGGAUAUGGAUACGAGGACACACGUAACGAACAAUACGACAUUACCUGCAUGCAUUAGUACACUCUUAGAAAUGGAUCUUCUAUCGUGUCUUCUACAGACACCCUAAAAACAGUAAUUUAGGGGUUUCUACGUAGAGACCACGCGAAAGCGCGGGGAAUGACGUCGCAUCACGUGGUUUCCCUCGUAGAAGCCACAAAAGUGGUGUCUGUUUUAUGCUUCACAGUUUCCUCCUUUCCCGGUCCUUUCCCCCUCCCCGCGUGCUCCUGCUUCCCCUCUCCCCCGGUGCAGGCAUGGCAGGCAGGCUUGCAGUCCACAGAAUUUGUUUCAAAGGGGAUUGAAGACUUUAUUUCGGCAACGUUGUGAAAUUGUGGCAGUGAUACAGUGAAUAUUGACUAGACUUGCAAACUAUGCAAAAUACCCUGUUCACAGAGAAAUGACUCAGAGAAAAUAAAAAUGAAUAAGAACCACACAUAGUCAAAAUAUCACAGAUUGCACAAAACGGCGCGGGUCGACGCCGCUGUUGCGAAACUAUUUGCAAGCUUGAAACUCGCUACGAAACAAGUUUCGCUGGGAUGCAGACCUGUUUGUUGCUGCUGCUGCUGUUGACAAAGACGCAUUACAAAGUGGAUAGGAACAACAUUAAGCGUAAUAAAAGUCAAUAUCGACAACAGUGAAAGGGUACGAACUAUAGCUUAUACUAAAACGAUUAUAGGUGAGGCAGCGAGGAGAGAAAAAUGGUACAUUGGUACCACAGCAGUACCAAGUAUAUAGGAGUAGAGAUCAAAGAGGUAUCUUACUGAAUGCGGUCAUGGUCGACAGGUGAGUGUUAGCAUUGGACGCAUGUUCCGGGUAACACUUGUGCCGUGUACAGGCUAAUAUCUGUCAGUCUUCGGUAUGAAUCGCACGCACAUUUCCUCCAGGCGGCACACCAGUGAAGUCUUCGUUGGUGACGUCCAUAUCCACUGCGGCCAGCUGAGACAGAGAAUGGUUACUCAAACCACGGUCAAAACGAGCCCCCGAAAGACAAAAAAAAAAUCCUGCGCCAUACACAAACUUUAGCUCUCGUGAAGUCCACGUUUAGAGGCAAUUCUAACAGAGCGACAAACCGGAUACAGCUGAUAACACAUUAGCGUCUCUCGAAUACCUUCACUACUCAACUUCUCAAGCAUCACUACAUAACUUUCGUUGACGUUCUGUCACGACCGCCAUGACACUUCCAUUCGCACCUGCACCCUCCAAAUGCUCGUUAGAAGCGUGGGGAAGUAACAGGUAGCCACUACAAUAGUAGUGCUGCUAGCAUAGUUAUCGCAAUAAAAUUUAUUAAACGGAGGUGUCUUACCUGUCAAAGAAUCCCAGAAUUACCAAAGCGAGGAAACACUGGCGGCAAGGCAUCGAAGAAGAGGUGUGACCAGUGCCGCGCCACCAGCAUGUCUUGCCCCAUCGCACAGUUCACGUGACUCCGGUCCUCGACGCCGGUCUGGUGAUCACUCCGAGCGCAUAGAAACCACGGCAAAAAUUUAGACAACACGAAAUAGACUUCACGACGUCCAAUUCCAGGUCACGUGAUAAACGUGUCUUCUACACGGCGUACGCGCCAAAAAAAAGCAAGACAAUUUUUUAUGGUAUUUUCUUUUCUCCCGGGUCACGUGGGCAUCUGUCGUCUAAAACUUGGACCUUGAGCGUGAAUCUAGAAGACACGGCAGCUCUGGAAGGCACGAUAGAAGACCUAUUUCUAAGAGUGUACUGUCGGUAGUCACAAUAUUAUAGAAGAGGCUACACAGGUGUUUUACCUACCGUGUCAAUGCCACAAAAUUAUAUUUAAAAAUCUACUUGUCUGAACAGCGCCGGGGUCAACCCUAUUCAUCUCAGGGGAGAUUUUGCCAUUACAUCUGAGCACUUUUAUCGAAUUCGCGAGAAAUUGAAUUUUCCCAAUUGAACGCCGAAAUUUGCCUAGUGAACAUCGCGAUUUUUUUUUUUACAAACAGAGCGCAUGCAGUAAUUACCCCACUCUAGUACAAAAUACGUUCACUGCUACAAAGAUAGUAGCUGAAAACAAAUGCGAAAACCGUCUUUUCGAAGAGCGCAAAUUGGCGGCCAAUUUCAGUUUUGCGCCAAGAUAAUGCAAGAUGCAGCGAAAGGAAGACUGUCACCCGCGUCUUCCGUUUUCAGCCGCCCCUUCUCUCUCUUCUUUCAGAUAACUUUCCGUUGCAACCGUGUUGCCGUUAUCAGAAGGAGGUUGGAAAAUGAAAAGUGGAAGGCCAGGUAUACAUGGCCUCCUCGCAUCGCUUCUUGCGGAGAUCUGAGCGCGCGGCAGCGAAUUUGCGCUCCUCGAAAGGACGGUUUUCGCAACUGUUUUUUUUUCCCCCGGCUAUUACAUUGUAGUAGCAGUGAAUGUAUAUUGCACUAGAACGGGGUAAAUCCUGCAUACCAUUUCUCUUAUUGCAAAAAAAAAAAAAAAAAAAUAGAAAAUAAGAAAACGAAAGACAGAAAAAACGUGACGUUGACUUGACAAAUUUCGGAGUUCAAUUGGGAAAAUUAAAUUUCUCGCGAAUUAAAUUUUCAUAAAAGUACUAAGAACUAAUGGCAAAAUCUUCACCGAGUUAAAUAGCGUUGAUCCCAUAAUGUUGAGAUAAGUAGAUUUAUAAAAUAUAACUUUAUGACACAUUAGGUGAAACACCCUGUAUAUUACAUGUUCUUUCGCAUAUACUUUCCUGCAACGUGCAAACAGAAAACAAACUCAAUGCGACGAAGAGGUUACACAUGCCAGCACAGACGACAACAAAACUUACCUUAGUCCGUUGUAAUAUAGCAACAUCCACGGUUUGUGAACAGUACAUUAGAAUAUAUUCUUGAUUAGUUCCAUUGCCGAAUUUGUGUGGCGAUACCCACAAUUUUGUGGAGAUCACUAAUUAAGCUUUGAAGUGGAAGGUCAAUAGUGAUGCAUAUGUUGAAUGCUCCUUUACAUCCAACAAGCAGAAGGAAAGAGGUUACAAACAUCUGCAGCGUUUGGUUCUUGGUGGGCUAUUUGCACCUGGGAUGCACUAUGAUGUGACCAGGAGGUGCUACGGCUUUUGGUGACAGAUGCGACUGACUUCAUUUCUGACUGUCUGAUAGUGGUAGUGCGAGAUAGGAACUCGAACGUGUGUCUUCUUGUGUGCAAGAUUGCGCUUAGUUUCAUUAGGAAUGAUAAUUUGAAUAUUUAUAAACCUCUCAUCUGCGACGUGAUUUACACACGCAGUAGUUCUUGUCACUUUUGUUGCAAUGUAGCAUUUAUAGUGUAGAUAUAUGUAGUUGUAUACAUACUCUGUGUGGCCCCGCAUUGUUGGAGUUGUUGAGCUGUUACCUGGAACUCAAAGAUCGUUUGCUCUUCGCUGAGGUUUCCUGAGGUUAUAUGAACAUUAUUUAGCUAUGGUGCCCAGGCUUGUUGAGUGCUAAGUAUUGGACAGCGUAUAGUGUUUGCUCCUGCUGUAGGUGUACGAAGCCGCUGUAUAAACAACAAUGCAGGAUACACGUAGACCAAAUGUGCUGCCAUUCGCGCGCAAUAUACGACGUUUUGCCGUAUAUAUUACGAGGGGCAUUUUAUUUGACUUUUCACGAAGAACUGCAGCUGCUAUCUAAAGAAUAAGUAGGAGGUGCUGCUCAAAAUUUAGGACCUACUCUAUAGAAUAUGCUAUGCUUUCCUUGUUCGCAAUUGACUUUGAUUCCCAUCCGGGAUGUGCCCUCGUGAGUCUUCCCAAGGACCCCAGCGUUUCUGCCAUAUUUUGAACGCUCCUUUAAAAUUGUCUUGUAGUUCUGACAUGCUGUAUACGCUUCGGUCUCGUCGUCUCUCCAGAUUCAUUCUGAAAACUGGGAAAAUAGUCAUAAUGAAUUAGAUACGGCAUUACGGAGUAGCGGAGGCCACUGCCGCGUAUUGGCUGCUGAAAAAAAUAUCGGUUUUAGGGCUGUAUGAUUUGGAACAUUAUUUCUUUCUUAAUUUGAUAAUACGUUAAAAUCUCAGAAGAGGGCAAUUCAUAACAGGGAAGGGCACAAUGGCAGUACACAGAGUACUAUCAUGUAUUCAUGAAAACGCAUACGUAAUGUAAUAGAGGACGCAGGAAACCAGCCUACGACUCUGCCUAGAAGAAAACAUGGACUGUUAUGCAGGUACACAUUUAAGAAUCCAAAAUUACUGAUUGAAAAUAUGUUGACUGUUCCGUCUUUUCGUGUCUGAACGACAGCGCCACAUUUCCGGCGGCGUGCGCUGAGAGAAACACUCUAGUGAGAUCAGCACUGCCGUGUAUCCGUGGCGCAAACUUGUUUCGAUAAGGGGUAUUUCAUAGUUGUAAAACAAUCCCUACAUCAAGAGAGUUCUAGGCUCUCCGUGUGUCAGGGGCACUAAGAUUCCAGAUCGUACGCGCAAAUCCCCUUGAUGAAUAAUGAGAUGAAAGUUGGGUUCUCAGUUUCGUUAUUGCAGACAAGACCGAACAUGUGAUCACUAUACCGGGACCUGUUCGAGGUCAUGUCACAAUGAGGUUUCCUAUGCUUGGCAUGCUAUCUCAUGAGACACGCUGCUAGUGACACCUAGAGGAGGAGCGUUGUAUCGUUCAAGUACGUAGUAAUCUGUACAGUCCAGAAAAUUUCUGCUGGUACCUCGAAUAGCGGAGGGAUGACAUAAGUCCGGAGUGCCAUAGUGUUCACAGAUAGCUAAUGGGUGACAUAGCAGAGGAGGUCACAAGCAGUGUCGUGAGGAGGAGUAUUGCCUAAUGAUUACUAGAUAAAAGCUUAUGACGAUAAUGAGCGCCGGGGUCUAACAGAUAACAGCGCGCUUGUUAACAAGAAUUGGAAUGGCACAUGUAAAGCGCCUUCCGGCAUCAGUUGGCCUGCAUUGACCAGUCAGGUGAAAGGCCUUUCGCCAGCAAGCACAUAUCGGUUUGCUUUGCUCCCCGUGGACGAGGCCAGUGUUUAACGGGUGUGGCUUCAGUCUCCAAGAGAACGGUAUCCGUUUCUCAUAUGCACUAAACCGUCAAGGUCUUGCAAUUGUCAACCAUGAAUUGUUAUUAGCUUUUCUAUUCCCCACAACCGCGAGAAGUGACAGCGCGUCCAUGAAACCACAGUAGCUACUGCAUCCCAAUGAAUGAAGUAUUUCCUUUAGUUCUCCUUUACAGUGGCUAACAUUUGUUGGAGGAACUGCUGGUGAAGUAAGACGCAAAAGAAAGUGCUAAUUUUCUCCCUUGAUCACAGUCAUUGGCAGACUCCUCACGUAAUGAGUAUUUGAACUAAAGAGAUUGUUUACUUGUUUUUCUUGUAACUGAAUGUAGAUUCUGGUACACACUGUUAUAAUCCUUCGGCUACUUUACUGCAAGUAGUCACUUACAUGUGCUAGACUCAGUUAAGGGUACGUGGCGAUCGUUGAAUAAAUGAUGAGACCUACUUGUA